AGUGAUGGCAGCCCUGCGAUCCCUGCUCUCCUAGCAACCAAACCGGCUUCUUAGCGACGCAAGGUGGCUCCCGCGUCCCUGGCCCAGCCAUGCCGGUGCGGGUGAGCGAGUUCAGCUGGCAGCAGACGCCCGCCGCGGUCUUCCUGUCGCUGCCUCUGCGCGGCGUGUGCGUACGCGACGCCGAUGUGUUCUGCGGGGAAAGUUACCUGAAGGUCAACUUUCCUCCAUUUUUAUUUGAGGUGUUUCUCUAUGCUCCCAUAGAUGAUGGGAAUAGCAAGGCCAAGAUUGGGAAUGACACGAUUCUCUUUACACUGUAUAAAAAGGAUCCAGUUAUGUGGGAGACCCUUUCUAUGCCAGGUGUGGACAAAGAGACAAUGCAGAGAAUAAGAGAAAAAUCUAUUCUUCAAGCACAGGAGAAAGCAAAAGAGGCCACAGAAGCAAAAGCUACUGCCAAGCGGGAAGAUCAGAGAUACGCACUAGGUGUGAUGAUGAAGAUUGAAGAAGAAGAGAGGAAAAAAAUAGAAGAUAUGAAAGAAAAUGAACGGAAGAAAGCAACUAGAGAAUUGGAAGCCUGGAAAGAAAGUCAAAGACAAGCUGAAAAGCAAAAGAGCAUCCCAAGGAAAGAGAAAUGCCAACGGGGAAAACAAGCUGAAGAGAGGGGAGCACUGAAGCCCCCGAGUUUGCCCAGGAAGGCCCCGUCUGCUGCUCGCCUCCCACAAAGAGGGAGAAAUUGGGAAAACAUAUUUUCUGAGAAGUUAAAGGAAGACAGCGUUCCCGCACCACGGUCUGCUGGCAAUAUUCAAAUCAGCUUUACCCCUCGAGCAUUCCCAACUGCUCUUCGUGAAUCCCAAGUGGCAGAAGAGGAGGAGUGGCUGCAUAAACAAGCGGAGGCCCGGAGAGCCCUGAGCACUGAUCUUCCUGAAUUCUCUGACUUGAAAGAAGAAGAGAAGAAUCCAGACUGGUUGAAAGAAAAGGGGAACAAAUUGUUCGCAACAGAAAACUAUUUGGCAGCGGUUGAUGCAUAUAAUUUAGCCAUACGAUUAAACAGUAAGAUUCCAUUAUUGUAUUUGAAUCGGGCUGCUUGCCAUCUCAAACUAAGAAACUUACACAAGGCCAUUGAGGACUCUUCUAAGGCACUAGAAUUGUUGACACCCCCUGUUUCCGAUAAUGCCAAUGCAAGAAUGAAGGCACAUGUCCGACGAGGUACAGCGUUUUGUCAACUGGAAUUGUAUGUUGAAGGCUUGCAAGAUUAUGAAGCUGCACUUAAGAUCGACCCAUCCAACACAGUUGUACAAAACGAUGCGGAGAAGAUUCGGAAUAUAAUUCAAGGGACAGCAUUGAAGUCUCGUGACUAGCAGCAGCUAGGUACAGGAGUCAGUUAGUGCUCUGCCACUGUGAAGAGCAAACUGCCGGAGACCCUCUGGAGAGGCAGUGCCUGACGGAUCACCUCCAAAGAGAGAGCCCAGCACUGGGGGGCAGAGGCAGCUGGGCUCUGUGAGUUUGUUGCCAACCUGUCCUACAUGCCGAGCUCCAGGUCAGCCAGAGCGAGACCCUGUUUCAAAGCACAGAACUAAGCAUAGAGAAUGGUUGGUUAUUCUAAUGCUUGGUCUUAGCACAGGACUUGGGCUUUGACGUUGCUGUCCUGAACUCUCCUUGCUGUUGGAAGCUCCUGGGGUUUGCAGGAUACUAUUGAGGAGUCAAUAGACUAGAAU